CGUGCUUGCCGCUGCUGCCGCCGCCACCGCCUGGGUGAAGCACUAUGGAGGGAGCUUCGGCCAAGCGCUGGUACUUCACCCGGGAACAGCUGGAGAAGAGCCCGUCACGUCGCGCCGGCAUCGACCCGGACAAAGAACUCUAUUGCCGGCAGCAAGCAGCCAAUCUGCUUCAGGAAAUGGGGCAGCGUCUCAACGUCUCCCAACUGACCAUCAACACUGCCAUUGUGUACAUGCACCGAUUCUACAUGGUCCAGUCUUUUACACAAUUCCAUCGAAAUAGUGUUGCUCCAGCAGCCCUUUUUCUGGCAGCUAAAGUAGAGGAACAACCACGAAAACUAGAACAUGUAAUCAAGGUAGUGCAUGCUUGCCUCCACCCUCUGGAUGCACUUCCUGACACUAGAAGUGAGGCUUACCUGCAACAAGUCCAAGACCUGGUCAUUCUAGAGAGCAUAAUACUGCAGACCCUGGGCUUUGAAAUAACAAUUGACCACCCACACACCCAUGUGGUAAAGUGCACACAACUUGUUCGAGCAAGCAAGGACUUGGCACAAACUUCUUACUUCAUGGCAACUAACAGCCUGCACUUGACCACAUUUAGCCUGCAGUAUACACCUCCUGUGGUGGCUUGUGUCUGCAUUCACCUGGCCUGUAAGUGGUCCAACUGGGAGAUCCCAGUCUCCAGUGAUGGGAAACACUGGUGGGAGUAUGUGGAUGUCACAGUAACCCUGGAGCUUCUUGAUGAACUGACUCAUGAAUUCCUACAGAUCCUUGAGAAAACCCCUAACAGGCUCAAGCGCAUUAGGAAUUGGAGGGCUUGCCAGGCUGCCAGGAAAUCGAAAUCAGGUGAACCAGGAGAAGAUGACUCCCUUUCAGAGCAGGCAAUCCUCAGCAUGAUCUCCAGGAGCUCUUCAGAUAUGAAUAUUGCAGGCUUAAUGAGCAUGUCAACUUCGAACACAACAAGCACCGUGCCUUCUCUCCCAGCCAAGGAGAAGUCCCCCAGUGAUUUAAGCAGCAUGGAGAUGUUACAGGCUGACCACUGGCUGCCUUCACAGCACUCCCUCAAGCUGGAAUCUACUCAGGGUCAUCGGAAUAAUGAACAUCUGGCACUUAUGGGAGCUGACCAUUCUUUGCAACAGGACCCAGCCACAUUUGUUUCUCAGAAGCAGAGUAGCAAAAGUGCACCGGCCGCAAAGGUGUCUCUGAAGGAAUACCGAGCUAAGCAUGCUGAGGAAUUGGCUGCUCAGAAGCGACAGCUAGAGAACAUGGAGGCCAAUGUGAAGUCACAGUAUGCAUAUGCUGCCCAGAAUCUCUUGGCUCAGCAAGAGAGCCACUCCUCCUCUGGCAUUCUGAAAAUUCCUAUGGAAAGUUCUGAAAACCCAGACCGCCUUAGUCUGGAAAAGGCAGACAAAGCAGCCCUCAAAAUGAGAAUCCCCAUGGUAGGGGGAGGAGAUAAAACCCUUUCUGCAAAAUCAGAGGAGAUAAAAAUGCGUAUUAAAGUUCACACAGCAGCUGAUAAACACAGCUCUGUGGAUGAGUUUGGGGCAAAGGCCCGGGAACACAAGGAGAAGCACAAGGUCCACACAGCUAAUCACCACCACCACCACCACAAUCACCACUCACACAAACACUCCCACUCCCAGCUUCCAGUUGGUGCUGGGAACAAGCGACUGGGUGACUCAAAACAUAGCAGCCAGUCAAGCAUGCUGGCCCACAAAGCCUACAACUUGUCUGGCUCCUCUUCCUCCUCUAGUUCAGCCCGUAAAAGGCCCCUUCCUGAGGAGUCUGCAGGAAUGUAUGAGCACCCUGCCAAAAUUGGCAAGACCUCUAAAUCAUCCUCUAUGACUUUCUCCUUCCCCUCUCUCCCUGCAAUGACACAGUUGCCUGGGCAUAGCUCAGACACAAGCAGCCUCCCCUUCUCCCGAGCCCCUCAUGUGAAAUCGGACAAAGGCUCCACUGGAGCAAAUGGACACAAUGCAACCCAGACAAUAGACUAUCAGGACACUGUUAACAUGCUCCACUCGCUGCUUAGUGCCCAGGGCAUGCAGCCUACGCAGCCCUCUGCAUAUGAAUUUGUUCACUCUUAUGGCGAAUACCUGAAUCCAAGACCUAGUGGGGUCCCUUCCAGAGCAAGCAAUUUAGACAAACCCCGACCACCUCCUUUACCAUCAGAACCUCCUCCACCACUCCCACCCCUUCCUAAGUAAAGAAGAAAAGAGAAGCCCUUUUUUUUUUACUACUGAGUCUGGACUAAGAAAAUUACUUUCCAUAUAUGAAAUUUUUGUCACCCUCCUUGGGCCAGGGAAGGGAGGGUGUAGAAGGUAGGAUGUUGUUAUAUCCACUGCCUCAGAAAUAACUAUUUUAUUAUAGUUUUUACUGGUAUUAGAGAAGUGAGAAUUCCUUAAAGCUGUGAAGGAUUGAAAACACUUCCUCUGUUUUUUGCUCCUGUGUCUCCUAGCUGGGUGGUUGGUGUUGGUGGUUAUUUUCCCCUACCCAGCCCCCAUAUUUUCCUGUCAGGACUAAAACGUAACUUCUUUCAAACAAAAAGCAAAACUUGUGGAAAUAUUGGGUUUUUAAUAUAUCAAAAAAGAGGAAGUAUUUAAACGUCAUAAAAUCUUUUAAAAAGUAAUUUAAAAAUAAGUUAUGUUAAGUUUUUUAUAUAUACAUAUAUAUAAUUGGGGAAGGGUUGUGAGUCUUGCUGGAUUGAUUUAAAACAGCAUUGACUUGAGGGAGAGAAGUUGGGGGGUGGGGGAGCAGGGAGAAGGCUAUUGGCCUAGGCCUGGAGGCCAUGGACAGUUUGAAGUGUUGAGACCUUUUGGUUUUUGUGUGUGUAUGUGUUCAUUUUUUUCUUUUAUUUGUAUAUUUUUUAAAAUCAUGUUUCACCUCACCUUAGCCUUCCUUUUUCUCAUGCAGUUUUUACUAUAGGGAGUAUAGCGUGUCUCAGCUUUUUAACAGGAAGGAAAGAGACUGUAUGUGGGUUUUGUUGAGUAUUUUCCCCUUUGUAUAUGAUGUAAUUGGUGGUGGAAUGUAAACUGUUAGAUGUGGCAGCAGCUCUCUAAAUUCCAGUCAAAGCCUUCUCAGCAGUUCUUUCAUUGUCCUAACUUGCCCGGUUCUAUUUAAAAACUUAUUUUUAUUUCCCCCCACCCCAAUUUUAAGUCCUUGUGAAAUAAAGAAUAAAAGUUGCGUGGGGAGGGGGGGGAUGGAUGGAACAAGCUGGUCUUUUGUGCAGAAAAGCUCCCAUAUAUGAACAUUUUUAUAGUUUCCUGUGGGAGCUGGAAUAUAUCAGUACCAUGUUCUGUGUAGCAAAAUCCAGUACAUAUAUAUUGAUCUGGGUACUGUCAGAGAAAACACUGGAGGAUAUUUUAAAAAAUGGAAUUGUGAUUUGGAAUUUAGAAAAUUUAUAUUUUAAAUUGUAUUAUGAAUGUGAGAUUGUUGAAAGGAAACAGUUUCUUCCCAGAAUGUAUGUUGAAUGCCAUUUGGGUGUGGUUACUUGGUUAAACCAGUAUGUGCCAUGGACAUAGUCAUACUUAGCCUAUCCAUCGAUAUGGGUCUUGCUCAGGGUCUCUGGUUCCAGGAACUUUGGUGGGAACUUGUCAGGAGAGUUAAAAAAAAUUAAAAGGUGGUUAAAAAAAACAUUUCCUACUGACCCUUAAAUUCUAUGCUUCAAAAGUGAACAUAUUUGGUGAAGAGGAAAAUCUUACCAUUUACAAGUAGCUGUUAACCUAAAGCCAAUUCUGGCAAGUAUCUUUCUAACCUCAAAAUUUUUGCAGUGCUUAGUCACAUAAAAUUUUCAUGCCUUGCUGGAGAGCUGGCUGACUAAAGGUGCAAUGUAGAUUUUCAUUGUAUCUUGAGAAAUAGUCUUGGAUUUUUAAAUGUAGCAUCCUUUCCACCAAUAUUCUUAAGGAAGAAGUGAUUUUUUGUUUGUUUUAAUUGAAGCAGGCAAGGGAGAUUGGAAUUACAUGUAUAACCCUACUGGAGAGGCUUACAGAUCAAAGGAGUCCUGUUGGAAAUCAUUUGCAUGGUCCAAAUUUGGAGUCAUUUGUGAAAGCUUGAUGUGAUAAUGAUUAAAAAAUAUGGAGGGAGAAAUGUUGACCCAGUAGGUGAAAUUUCCUAACUGAAAGAAUUAGACUGAAGAAAUUUAUAUGCAAUUCGGAUUUCUUGGGCUGUUUCUUUACUAAAUUUUGCUUGCUCUGUGUUGUGUAAAAUAAGGAACUCUGAGGACCGUAACUGGUAAUGCUUCUCAACUUGAAUGGCACUUGGUGGCUUUUUGAUUUUGUUGUGUUUUCUGUGUGGUGCUAAGCUGUUGGUAAACCAACAAUUCAAUGAUUACAUACAGAUACACAACUGUACACCAUCUCUGGGAAUUCGGAUUGUGUUGUUUAUGAGGGAUUUUGCCCAUUAUUUGUUUAAAGUUUAUUUGAGAUUUGUUUUUGAGGGUUUGGGGAGGGUGUAGGAACUUGGAGAGAAUGCUCUCCUUCUUAACCUUCCCAAAAGUAUUUUAUGCCCAUCUAGUCAGCAUCUGCAGCUUUGGUAAGUGGUGUUGAUCACUGAAUUAAUUUUGCAAGUCAGUGUUUGUGCUAGGUCCUUUUCUUGUUUUUCACCAGACUUCCAUGCUCAAUGCCACAUUAGAGGUACCUAUUCACACCAGCCUGGUAGCACUACACCAUGGUAAUAGUAUUGUGACUUCUUUGAUAAGGACUAAACUGGGACAGCAUCUAGGUAAGGCCGUAGACAUAUCCUUCUUUCUGCCUUAAAUUGUAUUAUCUUGGCUGUGUACUAAUUAGCUCACUGCUCAUACAGGCCAAUCUAGAGCUGUCUCUGGUUUUAUAAGUAUUAGUGCCUGCUGGAUCCUGACUUCAGUGAGAGCUGCCUACAGCACUUGAUUUGCAAAUCUAUGCAAUAGUCCAAGUUCAUCUCAUGUGAACCACACCACAUCCCCUGCAUUCGUUGCCUUAACUCCUCCUCUGUCUCUUAACCCACAGAGUAUGGACCAAGGCAUUGUUGUUAGAUCCAAAAUUACUGGGAUGUUUGACAUUUUAUUUACCCAAGCUUUUUAAAGAUUAUAAGUGAGUGAGAUUUGAAGCAUGGGUACACUAAAUCUUCUGACUCUCAAAGUGAUUCAAUUUACUCCGUCUUGACAGAAGAAAUUCUCCCACCAGAUCUCAGUACUGCUAUAAUAGCAGCUACAAGGAAAUACUCAGCUUAAAGCUACUUUGUGAACUAACAUCCCAGGGGAAAGCUUUUUAUGGUCUUUGGGUAUAGAAGACACUUUGGAGAUUUAUUUUACUCUUCCCACUUAGGCAUAUCCAUAUGUUUUCUUUUGAGAACUCCUGCCAAUGUCAAUUACAUAAAACUGUUUUUCUGUCAGGUGAGCUGGCAUUGUUUUUAUGGCUUCUGAAUUUUAGUUUACAUCUUUUUGAUUUCGUAUUCCUGGUUAUCCAGUGCUGAAAUCUGAUCAGUAAUGAAAAGGGCAGAAGCUUAAUAAUUAGUCUUCUAUUGAAGACUGUAGAUUAAGAUAAAAAUCAUGGUAACAUCUCUUAUGGUGUCUAAGCUUUUUAACUAGCUUAGAUUACAAAUUCUUGACCCCUUUAACAACCCUUACUUCAGGACAUGGAAUUGGGGGAGGGGGCGUCCUUAUCACCGUAUAGUUAGAUUUAAAUGAAACAAUGUUUUAUCUCUCAGAAACUGAUUCAUCUUUAUUUUUGCUGGCACUUUUAAUAUUUAUGGUAGGAAAGGGAGACUCUUAGGGUGGGACACAUGUUCUUCAGGGCAUGGGGGAAAUUUAUGGUCUAUGCAAUCCAUCAGUGGUGAGAAAGACACCCGCAAUGGUUCCACUGGGCUGUCAGUGACUUUGAUACCUCUUGAAAUCUCAUGCAAUUGCUUUUAACACCAAGUUUUCAAAUGUUUCGUCCUGAUGUUAAGAAAAUAUGUUGCACCACACCAUUGAUUUUUAUUUUGUCCUUGUGCCCCUCUAUGGAUCUGAAUUUCAAACAAGCUUUGUACUGUAAUUCUCCAUAAUGUAUAGAGAGGCUUGGGGUGAGAGUUGGGGUAGUUUUUAAGUGAAAGAGUGAGUCCCUCCAUUUUAAUGUUUCUUAACUAUUUAAUAUAAACUUGGAAUUGGGGAGGGUAGGGAAAAGAGGGAAGGAAUAAGAGAAUAAUGUUUACUAAAAAAACACCCAGUGUCCAUUUCCUUUCCCUAUGUGAGUGAGUUAACCAUAGUUGACUGAAAUGUCAGAAAAGACUGACUCAGGUUUUAUAUUGCCAUGUUGAGCAUGGAGAGGGAUGCUUGACAGCAUGUGAAAGCUAUAAGGAUUAAUUGAUGCCAGAGCAAAUGCGUGCUUCUUGAGAUAUUUGGGUACUUUUUGGUGGAAAACUACAGAACUGACUGGUUAGUGAUUGGAGUGUAAUGGAAUUGUUGGGGGAGAAGUGAUAGUUUGUUUCAUGUUCCAGACUAAAGACAUCAACAGCCUAACACUAAGUUUCUGGAUUUGAAACUUCCUUCCCAGAUUCGUCCUGACUAAAUACCCCCAUAUCAGACCAAAGAACACCAAAAAACAAAAAUAGUACCCUCCACCCCACUCCCCCAACACUUUACUGAACUUUAUCACUCAGGUACUACUUUGUGGUAAGAUUUUUAAUGUGUUUUCUUUAUAUAGUUCCCAAGAGCCCUUUCUGCAUCAUAUGCAUACUCUACUGCAUCUGCCUAUCAAGAGGUACAUCACUUGGGAUGUUAUCCCUUGUAUCUCUUCUGCUGGUAUAUGACAAGAAUGACCAUUACAGUAAGGGCUCUUUGUACAAAAAAAAAUUUUUUUUAAUUGUAUGCAUUUUAUAGUCUGGCUAUCAGUUGUUUGAUAACUUGCUGUCAAGUAUGUUUCUCUAUUUGUAUUUUACCCACCACAUCAAUAAAUGCUAAAGGU